AUAGCCAACAAGAAUGGAAGAAGUGAAGCUCCUGGGAGCCUGGCCUAGCAGUUACUGCUACAGAGUUAUAUGGGCUCUGAAACUCAAGGGUGUGAAAUAUGAAUAUGUAGAGGAGGAUCUUUCCGACAAGAGUGAUCUUCUUUUGAAGUAUAACCCAAUUCAUAAGAAGAUCCCAGUGCUUGUUCAUGGUGGAAAUCCAAUUUCUGAGUCAACUGUUAUUCUUGAGUACAUUGAUGAGGUUUGGCCACAUAAUCCCUUGCUGCAUCAUGACCCUUAUGAGAAGGCCAUGGCAAGAUUUUGGACAAAGUUUGAAGAGGAAAAGAGCCCCAUUUUUUUCAGUUUCUUUCAUGCUGUGGGAGAAAAGCAAGAGAAGGCAACAAAAGAAGCCAAAGAGCUGCUGAGAAUAAUAGAAGAUGAUGGCCUUGGGGGGAAGAAGUUUUUUGGAGGCAAUGAGAUUGGAUUGGCAGACCUUGCCUUUGGCUGGUUAUCUGCCUGGCUCGAAGCUAUGGAAGAAGCAGUUGGUGUAAAACUGCUGGAAGCUGACAGCUUCCCACGCCUACAUGCUUGGAGGAAAAACUUCAGGGAAGUGCCUGUGAUCAAAGAGAACCUUCCUGUUGGCAAAGAAAUGCUGGAAUAUUUCAAACGCCUAAGGGAGAUGUUUAUUGCAUCAGCAACCUCAUGAAUCUUAGCUUUGGAAUUUUCCAUGCAGGCUUUGUUCUUUAUUUCCAUUGUUGGGAUUUUUUUUGUUUUGUUGUUUUUGGGAACCCCUCGAGGCAAGACCCUUUUAGGAUCCAUCCAUGUCUGGUAAACUCUAGAUACACGACCUCGCCCGUAAGAACCAUGUAUUAUGUGAGGUAAUUGAGGAGACUCGAAUAGUUGGCCUAGUGAUAUUACACCAGACAAGCGACCAUUCAAACUAACCCUUGCGGGCCCAUUGGUGGGAAUUUGCAAUAUGAUUUCAUUAUCACUUGUAUUCUCAUUGAAUUAGUCAUUUUCACGUUAGUUUAUAAACGUAAUAGAUGUCAUGUGGA